AUGCAAAGCAAAGACUGCCGAGAGGACGAAGCUGACGUGGGGAACGAGCAGGCCAGCAUUACAGAUUGGGUCAGCCGGGCCGACAAGUCGGGCGAGUUCAAGAGGCAGGUCAGCUCGUUUCGGGACAGCAUCUCGCGCGAGGCCGGGGCCAAGUAUCCGCCUGAAAAGGGGCGGUACCAUCUCUACGUCAGCUAUGCCUGUCCAUGGGCACACCGCACGCUGAUCGCGCGCAAGCUCAAGGGUCUGGAGGAGUACAUCUCCUUCUCGUCGGUGCACUGGAAGCUGGGCGAGGGGGGAUGGCGGUUCGUGACGCCGGACGAGGUGACGAGGGGGGAGGCACCGCCGGGGGAGAACGUGGUGCCCGAUCCGGUCGAGGGCCACGCGGCGUCGUCGUUCACGCACCUCCGACACGUGUACUUUGAGUCGGAGCCGGAGUACGCGGCGCGGUUCACGGUACCGGUGCUGUACGACAAGAAGACGCGGCGGAUCGUGAGCAACGAGAGCAGCGAGAUCCUGCGGAUGCUGGGCAGCGAGUUCGACGACGUGCUGGACGAGCAGCACGGCAAGGGGAUCGACCUGUACCCGGAGAGCCUGAGGUCGGCCAUCGACGAGGCCAACGCCUGGAUGUACGACCUGAUCAACAACGGCGUGUACAAGUCCGGCUUCGCCACGACGGCCGAAGCGUACGAGCGCAACGUCGUCUCCCUCUUCCAGGCGCUCGACAGGGCAGAGAAGCACCUCGCCGACAACGACAGCGGCGGCAGCGGUCCGUACUACUUUGGCAGCACGCUCACGGAGGUCGACAUCAGGCUGUACGUCACCAUCGUGCGCUUCGACCCGGCCUACGUCCAGCACUUCAAGUGCAACAUCAGGGACAUCCGCUCCGGCUACCCGAACCUGCACAGGUGGCUCAGGCACCUCUACUGGACCGUCCCGGCCUUCGGGGACACCACCCAGUUCGACCACAUCAAGUGGCACUACACCAGGAGCCACACGCAGAUCAACCCGCUGAGCAUAACGCCGCUCGGGCCUCUGCCGCAUAUCCUGCCUUUGGAUGACGAGGUGGCUGCGGUCGGCGAGGUCAAGAAGUAA